AUGAAUUCAAAUUGCAACAAAGAUGAAUAAAUUACCAUAUAGAGUGAUAACAAAGAAAUAUGUGAAGAAGUAUAAACUGUUAAAAAGACAGAGAUCUAUUAAUAACAAAUAAAUUUUAUAGUCAUUGAAACUUCUAACGAUGAACUUUCUUAUAGAAAUCUUUUAAAAUUUAAAUGUACAUUAGCUAAUAGGAUCAAGAAAACUAUGACUUGA